CUAUAAUUUUAUAAAAUAUUUUUUGUAUUUUAGCUUACCCAAAAGUACUAAACAAUACACUACAAUGGAUAAACAUAAUAGUUCUGAAUUGUUAAAUUCAGAUUUUUCGUUAUCAAAAAACGCUAGCUCGGACUCACUAGAUUCUGAUUCGAAGUCUAGUUCAUUGAAUUCAAAACACGGACAAGAUUCCACUCAUGUUUUGGGGGAUAUACAGCUAUUGGACGGAGAGAAGGUGAUGGGUGUUGCAAAGGAUGUAACAUACUUGUGCCCAUACAGUGGUCCUUCUCGUGGUUUUCUUAAAGUGACCAACUAUCAGCUGCACUUCAGACCUACAGACCCUACGACGUUGCAGACCACACUCAGUGUACCACUUGGAGUUGUGUCUCGUAUUGAGAAAGUGGGUGGAGCUUCAUCAAAAGGUGAAAAUUCCUAUGGUAUAGAAAUAUUUUGUAAGGACAUGCGUAACCUGCGAUUUGCGCACAAACAAGAGAAUCAUUCUAGACGUGGAAUUUUUGAGAAGUUGCAGCAGUUGGCGUUUCCCCUGUCGCACAGAAUCCCACUGUUUGCAUUCAGCAAUUCCGAGAGUUUUCCUGAAGAUGGAUGGCAUGUGUAUGAGCCUAUAGCAGAGCUGAGAAGAAUGGGAGUCAACAACGACAUGUGGAGAAUAACUCGUAUAAACGACAAGUAUGAAAUCUGUGACAGUUAUCCCUCGGUAUGGGCUGUGCCGGCCGCUGCUAACGACGACCUACUACGGUCAGUGGCAGCAUUCCGCUCGCGAGGUCGUAUACCUGUGCUCUCGUGGAUCCAUCCCAGCUCGCAAGCCACUAUAACCAGAUGUAGUCAACCUUUGGUUGGGGUGAGUGGAAAACGCAGUCGAGAGGAUGAGAGGUACAUACAACUCAUCAUGGAUGCAAAUGCCCAGGCGCACAAGUUGUUUAUUAUGGAUGCCAGACCGAGUGCCAACGCUAUUGCCAAUAAAGCCAAAGGUGGAGGUUACGAAUCUGAAGAUGCAUACCAGAAUGCCGAGUUAGUGUUUUUGGAUAUCCACAACAUACAUGUCAUGAGAGAGAGUUUACGAAAGCUGAAAGAACUAUGCUUUCCACAAAUUGAUCAAACCAGAUGGUUCAGUGGCAUUGAAGCAAGCUGUUGGCUAAAACACAUCAAAUGCAUUUUGGCUGGCGCUGUACGCAUUGUAGAUAAGGUGGAAAACCAUAAGACCUCAGUCCUAGUGCACUGCUCGGACGGCUGGGACCGAACCGCGCAGUUGACGGCGCUAGCUAUGCUCAUGUUGGAUCCCUACUACCGCACCCUCAAGGGUUUCCAAGUGUUAAUUGAGAAGGAGUGGCUGUCUUUCGGACACAAAUUCCAACUGCGUAUAGGUCACGGCGACGAGCGUCACUCUGAUGCAGACCGGUCGCCCGUCUUCGUGCAAUGGGUGGACUGCGUGUGGCAACUGCAGCAGCAGUUCCCAACGGCAUUCGAGUUCACCGAGCGCCUGCUGAUUACAAUCAUAGAUCAUCUGUACUCCUGCCGCUUCGGCACUUUCCUGUUUAAUACGGAGCGCGAGAGGGUUAAGGAGGAGGUAAAAGCCAAGACUGUAUCCCUGUGGUCUUACAUCAACAGCCGUCAGAACUUGUACCUGAACCCGUUAUACUGGGCGCCCGGAGCCGGCUCGCCGUCGCGGCCGCAGACCGUGUUGGUACCUGUUGCGUCACUGCGCAUUAUCAAGCUGUGGAAGGCGCUGUACUGCAGGUGGAACCCGACUAUGAGACAUCAGGACCCGAUAUAUCAGCGUACGCGUGAGCUAGUCGCUCUGCGGGCGCAGCUGGAGGCGGCGGCGGCGGCAGCGACGAGCGAGCACGCGCGACAGCGGCUCGCGCUCACCCCCCCGCGCGUCGCCUCCCCGCACCACGUGUGAUGUCACCGCGCUGUAGGUACACCAUAAGCUACUGACAUUCCGGAAUCGACGGCGGCGUAUCAGGUUCCGAUACUAUCACAAAAUAAUAUCAACGUUGCAUUUAUUUUGUAAGAAUAAUUUUGGAUAUGACAAAAAUUGAAAACGAAAUUAAUUAUUUACUCCAUGAGAAACUAGAAAGUUUUAGAAAUUAUAUAUAAUGAUUUCACAAGUAUUAUCAUAGAGUAAGCGGGCCUCUAGACGAUCAAUUUUAUUGUGCAAUAGUA